UCCCAGUGCUCACAGGCAUCGCACCUAUGUACCCCUGACUCAUGCUGUGCUUUCUUGCGAUCUCUCCAAGGUACCUACCAGGGCCAGUGGGCUGGAGGCAUGCGGCACGGCUACGGUGUGCGCCAGAGUGUGCCCUAUGGCAUGGCCACGGUGAUCCGCUCGCCCCUGCGCACCUCGCUGGCCUCCCUGCGCAGCGAGCAGAGCAAUGGCAGCGUGCUCCACGAUGCAGCGGCUGCAGCUGACAGCCCGGCAGGCACCCGCGGAGGCUUCGUGCUCAACUUCCACGCUGAUGCCGAGCUUGGAGGCAAGAAAAAGGGMGGCCUCUUCCGCAGGGGCUCCCUUCUCGGAAGCAUGAAACUUCGCAAGUCSGAGUCCAAGUCUUCCAUCUCCAGCAAGCGGAGCUCGGUCCGCAGCGACGCAGCCAUGAGCAGAAUUAGUUCCAGUGAUGCCAACUCCACCAUCAGCUUUGGCGACGUCGAUUGUGAUUUUUGCCCCGUGGAAGACCACGUGGACGCCACCACCACUGAAACCUACAUGGGCGAGUGGAAGAACGACAAGCGCAAUGGUUUCGGCAUCAGCGAGCGCUCCAACGGCAUGAAGUAUGAAGGCGAGUGGGCAAAUAACAAGAGGCAUGGAUAUGGCUGUACCGUGUUCCCUGAUGGCUCCAAAGAAGAGGGAAAAUACAAAAAUAAUAUUCUGGUCCGUGGAAUAAGGAAGCAGCUUAUACCAAUAAGAAAUACAAAAACUAGGGAGAAGGUGGACAGAGCAAUAGAAGGCGCACAAAGGGCAGCCGCCAUGGCGAGAACCAAAGUGGAAAUUGCGAAUUCAAGGUAUGUAAAUGCAAG